UCAAAUAGAUGAAGAAUCAUUAAUAAAUGAAAGUGUAACACCACAUGACAAUGAAGUUGACGGCACAUGGCAAAAUAGAAUUAACGAUAAUAACAGUAAAGAUAGCGAAAUUAUGGACGGACCAAUGGAACCUCUUGCAUCUCCUAAUUUAGAGAUAACUAAUAAAGAGGAGGUAACUGAAAAAACAGAUCGGGUUGAGAUUGAUAUUAAUCCAGAAGAACUGCAAAUUGACCGCGUCACUGAAAACAUUACAAAUAAAUUGGACCAACAUAUUUGUGAGAAACAACCAUGUGGAUGGGCUAUUUAUGAACCUAUAACACGGCGAGUUAAUUCUUUCAUAACAAAUACGUGCAAAUGUUCAGAUAAAAGUUACAAAUGUAUACGUACAGACGAUGAUCUGUCAGUUGGUGCUUAUGUUUAUCAUUGUCGUCAAAAUACAACUGAAGAAAAUAUCGAAGCCCCGGAAGAAGACUAACGAUUCAAUAAAUUAUUAUUUAUAAGUUUUACUAUGUUUUGACUGUAGUUAUAAUAACAAAAAACUUUAUAGAAAGUUUAUUAUUUAAGUAAACUCUUUUUGGUAUUAAUUAAUUGUAACGUAAUCUUAAUCAAU